AUGUCCUUCAAUGAAAGUCUUCUUAAUAGGUUCCCAAAGUUACAAACAAUUCAAGUGUAUGCGUUAGGAUCCAAGCGUUGGAAAACUAUUGAAUGCCCAGACCCAUACAUGUUUCCUAGUCGUCAGUUCAACAAAAUGCUCCCCGGGUUGCUUUUCAAUGGUGCUCUUCACUGGUCACCUGGUAUGACCACCAACCAAGGAACCAACUCUGAAGUUAUAGUUUGUUUCGAUAUAAACAGCGAGAAACUGAUGGAUGUUCCCUUACCUGAAGAACCUAGGCUACAUCUACGAAGUCGGAAUUCUUAUAAACAAGUGGGGCUAUUGGGAGACUGCCUUUGUGUUGUGUUUCUUUAUUCCUUCCAGGCUGAUAUUUGGGUGAUGAAAGAUUAUGGAGUAAGUGAAUCUUGGACUAAAGUGUUAACCAUUUCCCAACUAACAAUGUUCACAGAUCCAUUUUUGAAGCCGUUAUGGGCUUUUGAAAACGGUGAUGUUCUAGUUCACUCUUGCGAAGAAUUGAGUUUAUGCAGUCAAAAUAAUGGAAUUAUAAAGGUUCUGCUCCAUGGUAAUCAUCCAGAGAGUUAUGUGGAGAGCCUGGUUUCUCUCAAAUCGGAUACUUAUGUGAAAAGAAGUACUACAAAUGGAAUAAGAAGGAACCCAAGCGACAGAGACUGA